UGAACUCGUGAUUCCUACUUUCAUUUUGAUUUCUCACCAUUGAAAAGGAAGUCUUCCUCGCAGUUUUGUGAAUGUCUUUCUUUAAGUCACAAUGUCUACAGUUAUCUAAUGCAUGGAACGCUUCAUAAGAUUUUGUUGCUAUUCUCGAGAAAACACGAUCAGUCAUAUCGCCCCUGUAACAAAAUGCCUCCAUUUACCAACAGUUUACAAAAAUUACAGGAAUCACUGAAUGACCUGAAAUCGGAGAUUGACAAAUACCACUGUCCCAAAUGUGGAGUCGGGCUCGAGUCUUAUGAAGAGAGCAACUCUGCUACGGUGGCUCCAUCUUAUAAGCAGUUAGAGGAUAUAAUUUUAGAACUGCAGGAUAAAUGUGAAAGUUUGACAUUAAAGAAUAAUAAAUAUGAAGAAAAAAUAGCUGAUCAAGAGCACACAAUUGGCGAACAAUUUAGAGUAAUAGAUCAACAAAGAGAAACGAAAUUAAAACAGGAAUCGCUAGACGAACUUGAGAGAACUAUAUCUGAACAACAAGCAGAAAUAUCCCAACUGAAAGAGGCGGCAAAAGCGUUUGCCGUGGAAAAACAAAAACUAAAUAGGGAGAUAUCAGAAAAAGAUAAACAUAUUGAACAUUUGAAUUAUACGCAAAAGAUGAACAAGGAAAAACUCGAUGAGUCCAUACAACGACUGGGAGAUGAGAACAAACACUAUAAGGAAAAACUGAAGAGUUGUCAAUCGGAAUUUGACAAGCUUUCUGCGAAGCUUGCUGAAAAAGAUAGAAUAAACAAUGAUUUAGUUAGCAGAAGAUUGGAAAUUGAAGAGAAAUGUAAACAGUUGGAACGCGACCUUGAACAUAGAUCAAGGAAAGAAAUCGGUGUUGGUUUCCAUACUACUGUUGCACCGUCCAUGUCGUCACUAAUAUUGGGAGGCCUGACGUCACGUUUGACUGAUCGUCUGGCGGGGGAAAAGGUUGAUCUCGUGAGACAAGCGUACUCCGGAGGCCCGGAUGUCAACUUUCCAUUAUUGGUCGUCUGCGUGAAUGUUUCUAGGAUCGGGGCGGAUGCGAAAGAAGCAUUGAAAGGAAUUCCUAAAGCUAAAGAUGUCGCCUUGUUGGUAUUUCACCACAAGGAGGCCCAUGCUCUCCCGAGUCAGACGAGCGACAAGAUCCUGACCGGAGCGGACUUCAGCGGCCUGGGUAGUAUCAUAGACCUCGCCUUCCUGUCCCAGAGAGGGAUCUACGAGUGUGACAUGAACAAUGUCGGCAUCGAACGCGUGGCUUCCUUUUUACUCCAGUACAAAACUCAGAGAAAAUAGUAUAGUGGUUCUUUUAUAACGCAAUAAAUGGGCACGUGUAAUUGUAAAUUUGUUAAAACUAAUAUUACAUAUAUGAUAUUGAGCUAUAAAUAAAAGUUAUGAUGCAGAGUA